GAGCGGUGGCCGGGCCCCGCCGCGCUGCCAUGGCGCUGAGGCGGCGUCCGAGCCUGGCCGCGGCGGGCUCCCUGCUGCCGCUGCUCUGUGCCCUGGUCCGCGCCGCCGCCGACACCAGCACCGGCCGGGGGUGGUUAAAAGCUUACGGCUACUUACUUCCAUCUGACAGCCACAUGUCUGCCUUGCAGUCAGGAAAAGCUGUGCAGUCUGCAGUGGCCACUAUGCAGCAGUUCUAUGGGAUCCCAGUAACAGGAGUUUUGGACCAGACAACCAUUGAGUGGAUGAAGAAGCCUCGCUGUGGAGUUCCAGAUCACCCUCACCUGCGGCACAGCCGGAGGAAAAAGCGAUACGCACUGACGGGGCAGAAGUGGAGGCAGAAGCACAUCACCUACAGCGUCCACAACUACACCCCCAAGGUUGGAGAGAUUGAUACCAGGAGAGCCAUUCGCCAGGCCUUUGAUGUCUGGCAGAGAGUGACACCACUCACCUUUGAAGAGGUCCCUUACCAUGAAAUCAAAAAUGACAGAAAGGAAGCAGAUAUCAUGAUUUUUUUUGCUUCUGGUUUCCAUGGAGACAGUUCUCCAUUUGAUGGAGAAGGAGGCUUCCUGGCUCACGCUUACUUCCCUGGCCCGGGAAUAGGAGGAGAUACUCACUUUGAUUCGGAUGAGCCAUGGACUCUGGGGAAUUCUAAUCAUGAUGGCAAUGAUCUCUUUCUGGUUGCAGUCCAUGAGCUGGGACAUGCGCUGGGGCUGGAACACUCCAAUGAUCCCAGUGCUAUCAUGGCUCCUUUCUACCAGUACAUGGAAACACACAACUUCAAACUGCCCCAGGAUGACCUCCAAGGGAUUCAGAAAAUCUAUGGUCCUCCCGUGGAGCCCCUGGAGCCAACCAGGCCUUUGCCGACUCUGCCUGUGCGCAGAAUUCACUCCCCCUCCGAAAGGAAGCACGAGAGGCAGCCCCGGCCUGCCAGCCCUCCCCUGGGGGACAGACCCUCUCCUCCUGGCACCAAACCCAACAUCUGCGACGGCAACUUCAACACUCUGGCUCUCUUCAGAGGAGAAAUGUUUGUCUUCAAGGACCGCUGGUUCUGGCGGCUGCGCAACAACCGCGUGCAGGAGGGGUACCCCAUGCAGAUCGAGCACUUCUGGAAGGGGCUCCCCGCCAGGAUCGACGCCGCCUACGAGCGCUCCGACGGCAAGUUCGUCUUCUUCAAAGGAGACAAGUACUGGGUGUUUAAGGAGGUGACAGCAGAGCCUGGCUACCCACACAGCCUGGUGGAGCUGGGCAGCUGCCUGCCACGGGAGGGCAUCGACACGGCGCUGCGCUGGGAGCCCGUGGGCAAGACCUACUUCUUCAAGGGCGACAGGUACUGGAGGUACAACGAGGACAAGAGAGCCACCGACCCAGGCUACCCCAAGCCCAUCACCGUCUGGAGAGGCAUCCCGCAGGCUCCACAGGGAGCCUUCAUCAGCAAGGAAGGCUUUUAUACCUACUUUUACAAGGGGAAGGAGUAUUGGAAGUUUGACAACCAGAGGCUGAGCGUGGAGCCAGGCUACCCCAGGUCCAUCCUCAAGGACUGGAUGGGCUGUAACCAGAAGGAGGUGGAGCGGAGCAAGGACAGACGCCUGCCCCACGACGACGUGGACAUUAUGGUGACAAUAAACGAUGUGCCUAGCACUGUCAAUGCCAUUGCAGUUGUCAUCCCCUGCAUUUUGUCUCUCUGUAUCCUCGUCCUGGUGUACACAAUCUUCCAGUUCAAAAACAAAGAGGUGCAGCAGAACGUUGUGUAUUACAAAAGACCUGUCCAGGAGUGGGUAUGACACAGCCCCCGGCGCAGCUCGGCUCGUUCAUCCCCUGAGGACUGAGGGCACCAACCAACCACCAAACCACUAAGAGAGAGAAAACAAAGCGUUCAAAAGCCUACCCAACAGAACUACUUCAGUGACCUGCAAGGUUUGGACAGCCUGGGACUGAAAGAAGCAGGAAAACUGGGAAAUAACACCCACC